AUGAUCAUUCGCCAGGCGUACAGCAACUAUGUUUCCAACCAGAGGAAGCUUCCUCUCCCCAAGUACUCGAAGAAUUCCAUACAGAGAAGCCUUGGAUCAUCCGGAAAACUUCGGCUCUUCGAGUCUGAGGAAGCCGAAUUGCAUUCUUUGAAUGCAGAAAACAGCCGGAUGAAAGAAUCAAUUGAGAAAGAGAACAAACAAUUGAAGAAAAGAGUAAGAAUUCGACUGUUAGUCAACCAAUAUCUACCAUUUCAGGAACAAUAUCUUUGUGUGGUUGAUACGAACAUUACCAAAAUUUUCGAGCGUUUCGAGGGGAACAAUAGCUGCUGGCAACCUAUUUUUGAAGGUAUCGGCUGCCUGAUCACACUCAAAAUAUUCCACCCUCCAGACUAUAACACUGCAAAGUUCAGUGCUCUCCAAUUCAAAAGAGAAAAAAAGGAAGAUGACCCGAAGUACACGGAAGCAAUGGAAGUGAGCCGACCGUUUCCAUCCAGCUUCAAAUUGAUUUUUCAGAAAAUUCAACGUCUGAAAAAAGAGAUUUUGGAGACGGAAUCAGUUAGGGAACAAACUUCAGAGUCUGCUGCUCAAAAGGAAAGAAUUGAGGCGCUGACGAAAGAGAUGAAACUAUGGGAGUUGAAGAAAGAUCUGAUCGAUGAGAGGCUCAACAAAACUGCGAAUGAAAUGACUUUGAAAGUCCUCGAGAAAGUUUCGGGAGAAAUGUUCGAUGAAUACAUGAACAAAGUAUCAUUUCUAUUAAGAUUCCAGUUCAAAACAAAGCGAAUUUGCAGAUCAUUUCUCAAUUCAAACCGGUGUUCCAGAAGUAUAAUCAGUCGGUUGAAGGAGAACAAGGAGAGUUCAGAAAGAUGUGGAGACAGACUGUCAAGACACUCCAUGAUCCAACGUUCCGCGCAGAAAAGUACUCUUUGGAAUAG